CAGAGGGAGUGGAAAGACACGCGCGUGUGUGUAUGUGUCGUUUUGCAACUCCUGCAUUUGACCGACAUUCUUCAAUGUAUCAACAGCAGAGAAACCUGAAGAGAUGGGAGGAGAAGAAAUGGAUGACUAAAGCUUAGCCUCUUUCUGAAUAGACUUCCUCACUAAGCUUUAUCCUGCUGGUUGAUUGCAAAUUGAAAAGACGUACAUCUCCUCGAAAGACAGCUUUAUUAAUUCACAGUAAAUCCAAGAUAAGUGGUGGAUUGAAGAGAAGAAUUCAUGACAUGACUUUUUGUCCUUGGAAGAAUCAACUGAAGGGCCAUCAUCACACAGACCCUGAAGAGGAGAGACGGGGAGGGAAAAAACAUUUGUAACUCCAUAAAUGGCCUCAGGACCCUGCAGGUGUCUUUGAGCGUGCCCUUUACCAUCAGUCCGACAUGAGCAUCCCAACUGGUUUACAGGGAAUGAGGGUCAACGUUGACAGAGGAGAAAAGAUUGCAAACAAAACCCAGAUCCAGUUUCCCCAACCUGAAGAUAACAAUGCCAAUCAAUUGUCUUCAAUUGGUGAUCAAGGUGGAAGAGGACUGAUAGAGGACACAAAGUACAGCACAAGCUCCCUUCCUCCUUUGGUCUCUCAGAGUGAAUCUCAUGACAAGUUAGUGAUCUGGGACUCCGAGCAGCAAUGCAUGGAGCCUGAGCUCGGAGAGUUUGAGCUCGUUGAGUGUCCGGAGAUUCAUACAUUCUUGGGAAACAGGGAUCAGGAGGAGGAGAAUGAGGAGGAAGAUGACGGAGGGAGUUUGAGAGAUGGUAAAGAUGAAGGUCCAAUGUCCAUAUCCUCCAGUUCAACUGCCAGCUCUGCUUCGAUUGGUGCAAGGAGAAAUGACAAUGACAGCAACAAAGUGGAGAGCAGAAUACAGAGGGCCAAAGAGGCGCAGAAAAGGAUUGGCUGUCAUAGUACUGAAGAGCUAGACACAUGUGUGACAGGCUCAAUAGAGAGAAGGGACACAAGGUCAGGCAGAUCAAGAGAAAGGGAGAGACGGAAGGGAGGUCUCAAGGAGUCGAAAUCUGAGACAAAUGUGUUUGUCUCCAGUCUGUCAGCCGUUUCCCUCAGCGGGAGCCUAUCCAGUGCUCUGGAUUGUAGUGGAGAAGCACAGUCUCUUAUCUCUCUGCCCAACUCCAAGACCAACCCUUAUCCCAAUGCCAACAACACUACCUCAGCCCAGUCUAGAAGAAGGGCAGCCCCUGUAGAUGCCAACCAGAACACCUCACCAUUGCAUCCUCAGGAGAAACAUGACCGUCUUCAAUGCAGAGAGGAGGAGGAAUGUCAUCAGAGGAAUGGAUUGUCCUCUGAUGGGGGGCUGGGCCAAAGGAGAAAGGCUGGAUUUGAGGAGAGGGUGCUUCCACCACGAAGGCAACAGCUUGUUAGACCCCUCUGUCAGACAGAGAUGGGAAGAGCAAGGAGCUUAGCAGAGCCCAAUGCUCAUCAAGCCAAGACAGGGCCACCUCCUUACCCCAACCCCUCUGUAGAUUCACACAGUAAUGGGUCAAACAGAAAGUUUACAAGAUCGUCUUUACGUGAACCAUCGGAUUUUUCCCACCUGUACAACGCAGCUGGAUUCUCCCAGGCCAGACAGCCCAACCAGGCAGCCCAGUGUGAGGCUUUGCCUGUGGAAAAUCAGCCGACUGCAACUGCACAGCAUAAUUCAAGUCCCUCCAACCCCUCCACCUUAGAGAAGAGACCCCAGACUCAGCUCACAUACAGAAGGAAUUGCUCCAGUCCCAAUAGGACCGGGGUCGAUUCCAGGGCAUCUACCCCUCCCCACUCCCCUCUCAGGACACCCCAGGGCUCACCACGAAGGCAGCCCUCCAUGUACCUCGUUUCUAGGAAUGUCUCUGGAGUGGUUAGACACAUCCCAUCAGGAUGCAACCCUGCCGUACCGACAUCAGCUCAGGGCUACGGCAACCCUUGCUUGAGAGCACCAGUCAGAACAAAUAUAAGCACAACUGGAAUCCCCAAAGCGCCUCUUAGCAACCAGCAGAGUUCCCCCAAUUCUAACAACUCAAGCCCCAAAGAGAGCUCUCCUUCACCUAAACUUAAACCUAAAGGAGUUCGCCCCAAAAUCAUCACCUACGUCAGAAAAAAUCCUCAGUUUAAGCCCCAGGCUGCCGAUGGACCUUAUCAGGUAUCUUCUUUACCAUCCAGGCUCUCAGCAUACACACACAGCCAAGCAGCCAGUUCCUUCAAAGACACACCUAAAGACCCCUCUAAGCCUAACAAAGAAACCAGGGGAGCCCCAGUACUCAGUGCCUCCAACCUGCUUUAUGAAAAGUACCGCCAAGAAAUGCAGACAAAUAUCUUCCCAUCAGGAAUACUGAGCCGGAGUAUCAGGCCCCCUGGACACACAAACACUGUCCCCCCUGCACACACACAUGCCGCUCCACAUGCACAUACACACAGCCACACAGCACCCCCAAAACUGGGCGGCAAAGCAGGCGACUUCUACGGGGCACCAUCAGAGGUAGGAAGAUCGGCCAGUUUUAAAGGGAGUUCUGCUGAAGAUGGGCUGCAGCCCCGGACAACUGCUCAAGCUGGAGGGAGCGGCAGUCUCCUGCGCUCUGGCAGAGGUCUGCGUCUGGGCCUGGGAGCUGUAACCAGGACGACUACAGGCACGGCCAAGGGCAGAGGAACUGGACAAGGUCAGAGGUCGACGCUGGUCUUCAGCCAGCCAGUCCAACCUGUCAGCCCAGCGACCAGUCAGAAAAGUCAAGAUAACGCAGAAGACGAGGUUUUCACUCAUCACGCUCCACCUCCUACUCCAGUGGCAGCUUCAGCCCAGCCUCAGGCCGCGGCGUCCAGGUCUCUGCUUCCCAAAGCAAGCCAGUCAGGCCUUCGCCCCCCUGGCUCCAGCUCCAGCAGCCGUCACCCCGCAGGCCGCCUGGCAGCCUUCGGCUUCGUCAGGAGUUCCAGCGUUUCCUCCGUCUCCUCGGCCCACUCUGCUGACAGCACACAGAGUGACCCCUGCAGGACAGCUCACCGUCUGAGUGUGAGCGAGGAGCCUCCUCUUUACAGAGUGACCACAAACCCUCCGUCGACAGAUCACCAGAGAGGGGUGCCAUGUCGCAGCAACAGCCUCCAGCCGCCCUCCACCCCUGCCCUGCCCCGACGCUACCUGCCUCCCCAGCCAAGAAGCUCCCCUGGAGUUGGCAGGAAGGAGUUUCAGAGGAGUUCAGAGGUCACACGUUCCCUCCCAUCCUCCCCAAAGAGGCUGGCGGUGGUUCCUCCCAAACCUCAGUCCCCAGUCCAGUCUGGGCAGCGGCCUGCAGCAGCCGUGCGAGGGUCAGCUCCCCCGGGGUCCCCUCGCCGCGCGGCCCCCCAGAGGCUGCAGCAGGAACAGCAGGAGAGCCUGCAGAGAGAGAAAGAGGAGGCUCAACAGAAAGAGAGAGAGAGGCAAGCGGAGGAGAGAAAAAAAGAGGAGCAAAGGGAAGAGGUUGAGAGGCUGCAGGGACGCUGUGAGCAGCAGGAAAGGCAGCUGAGAGCUCUAAGAGAAGAGCUGAGGAAGACAUCCUUGGGUCUGGAAGCCUUCAUAAUCACCACACAGCAUUACUGCCUCAAGAAUAAAACUACAGAAGAGAAUGAAAGGAAAUUGUCCUUGGAAUUGCAAAAGAUCAGAGAGGAAACGGCUUCCAACUCAAUGCGAUGGGAGAGACUCCAUCGCGAAAAGACGGCGCUGGAGGUGGCAUUUGAGCGAGAGCUGCAAGAACUGCAGCUGCAGCAGGAGGCGGAGCUGGCCGCUGUGGAGGAGGGGCUUAGGAAGUGUCACUCAGCAGAAGCAGAACACCUGAAGGCGGAGCAUCGGUCAGAGAUGGAGGAGCUGAGGACUCAGCAACAGGAACAGGUGGAGGAGAUGACAGUCCACCACCAGGCAGCCAUUCAGGAGCUCAGAGACAUGCAUAACAUCACCAUGGCAACACUGCAUGAGGAGCACGCCCGUACCAUGAGAGACUUAAGGAAAGCUCAUGAGCAACAGAAGAUGCUUCUAGAGGAGGAUUUUGAGAAACUCAGGCUUUCUCUACAGGAUCAAGUGGAUACUCUCACAUUUCAAAACCAGAGUCUGAGGGAUAAAGCCAAACGCUUUGAAGAGGCUUUGAGGAGGAGCACGGACGAACAGAUAGUUGACGCUUUAGCGCCAUACCAGCACAUUGAGCAGGAUCUGAAGAGCUUGAAAGAGGUCGUGGAAAUGAAGAACCAGCAGAUACACCAGCAAGAGAAGAAGAUCUCUGACCUGGAGAAAGUGCAGGCCCAAAAGAAUGUGUUCCUCGAAGAGAAGGUCCAGGUUCUGCAGCAGCAGAAUGAAGAUCUGAAGGCUCGUAUUGAUAUGAACCUAGUCCUAUCCAGGCAACUGUCAGAGGAGAACGCCAACCUCCAGGAGUCUGUCGAGAAGGAGAGCACUGAGAAGAAGCGGCUGAGUCGCAACAACGAGGAGCUGCUGUGGCGCCUCCAGACCAGCCCCCUCAUGUCUCCCUCCUCCUCCCCACUGCACCGCUCCUUCUCUGCCUCCCCCGUCCCCUCGUCCCCACUCUUCUCCUCCUCACCUGUGGCAGGCUGCGACUCCCCCACUCACUGCUACGGCUGUCCCCAGCAGGCGCAAUACUCCUCCCCCUCCCACAGAGCCGCCACCAAUCAAAAUCUCUCCCCGGGGCCAGCCACGCCCACUCACAGGGCAGCAAGCAAUCACAAUUACUCCCCCGGCCCAGCCACACCCACACACAGAGCGUCCCCCAAUCGCUGUAACUCACCCGCUUGUUUCAGCUCUUUACAGAGAUAAACUCACAUCUCUUUCUUUCUUUUUCUUUUCAUUUUCUGGUUCAUUCUCUCUAAUUUCCUUCAUUCCCUCUUCCCUUUUUGAAUGUAAAUGGCAUUAUUGUACAUGUUGGAGAAGGACUGUGGUCUCCAGUCAUUACAGGACAAACUGACAGACAGUGAAGUCAAAGCAUCAAAGACGCUUGAACUUAUUUCUCAAGCCUCUACAGCAGGUGGUGUUCAUCAUGUGAAACACAACGUUGUACACACAGAUACAUGAUGGGAAAAUGAAGGUAGAUGACUGCAGCUCAGUUUUUUGUAUUAAUACAGUCUUGAAAUGUAUAUAUUGUAUGAUAAUGGCACAGAUAGUGUCAAAUUGUAGUUAAACCUCCCCUGCAUGGACAGUCAUGAGUCCCGCACAGAUAGAAACAAACACACAGAAAGUACGGCAGCACUCGCUCGUCACCAGAACACAAUUCUCUGGUGAGUUAAAAACACGGUCAUGUCCUCGAUAAAAUAAGCUAUACUUUCUCUCCCACUGGGAGUAGUUUCUUUUAAAAGAUGAGUUAUAAUUCUGAGUCGUGACCUGAAUCGUCUUUCAACGGUUUUGUUUUUCAUUUGGACAAAAAAAAAAAUCCCAAACAAAGCGCCUUAUACUUAGUCCCACCGUCUCACCAGCAGAGAACGACCAACUUUUUUUUUCAUAUUAGACUUUGCAUUAAUAAUUGGUUUGUAAAUCAGAGGGAUUCAUGUUUCUUAGCAUCUUCAAGGUAUAUUUAACAUUUUGUAAUCAGUUCAAUGCUGAAAGUUUUUUCUUGUGUGGGACAAGCCUACCGGGAACCCCAGCCAUUUUAUCUGCAAAACACAGAGGACUUCAUGUUGAAAGUCUUUUGAAAACCUUGCCAGGUCUUCCUACAGUACAGCGUCUCGCCACACAAGCUACUCUUCACUUGCGGGAUCCCUCAGGUCAACUUGCAAAAACAACGUCUGCCAUUUUGUAUUUUUACCUCAGUGGGAAUGUGCAGUCUAUUGUGUCUGUGGCUCAACAGCAGCAGCAACAACAACAACAACAACAACAACAACAACAAAACACAGCUACCAGGGAGCUCAAAGCUUAAGGGGGAAACCUAGCACAGGACUUGCUGUUUUUUAAACGUUGUUGUGGAUUUCUUUUAAAUGUGAUGUUAUUUAAUUUAUUUAUUACAUGUAUUUUGCUACGUAAGCAAGCAUGUGCCGUGAAAGUCUUCCAGUCUUAAUGUGAAAGUUAUUAUUGCUGUGAUUUGUCUCUUUAUUAUGCUUGAGGUAUGAAGGAAAUGAAUGAUGAACUUUGAAAAUAUCACCUAUGGGACACAAGUGGAAUAUGUGAUGUACCCCAGGAGAAAGGACUGUGGAUGUUUUUGACUUGUCCUGAUACAUAGGUGGUGUUCAGCGUGACUGUCUUAUCACAUGAUUUGGGUCUAUAAGCUAUGUAGGUUAAAAAAAACACAGGUUAACCCUUUGUUUACCUCUUUGUGAUGUACUAGAUUAGUGUAGCCCUUUCUGAACCCAUAUUAACCUCUUCAUAGAACAAAAAUAUAGCAUACACAGAGGCUUCCUUCUGAUGCUUCUGGUUUGUUUAUCUGAACAACACUUUUUAUUGAUUUUUAUGUUCUAAACUUUUGCAAAUUACACUGAAUUCUCGGUGUGUAAAAAUGAAUCAUUCAGGGAAUUAUUUUUUAAAUUUAGAUUAGAAUUUUCUUUUGUAUAGGUUCUCUACAGGACAUAAUACACUUUCAAGAUAUUUCCCAAGAUAAUUUUUCCACUAUAGAGAAACCAACUUUUGGUAUAUAAAAAGAAGAAUUAUUUUAUAACAGUGUGUCAUAGCUGCCUCCUGUACUGUACUCUACUGACAAACUUACCCUCAGGGUCCUAAUCGUUCAUCUGGAGCUGCUUUGACCAAGUCGACUACUAUACAGUCAGUGAUUUACUCGCACACGUGUGGCGUCCUUUACAAAAACAAAGUUAAAGUUGUUCAGUGUACACAUGAAAACGAGACGCUGUAAAUAAAUAGAGAGAACGGAGGAGGGUAAUGAAGGCUGUGUUGGCUGUUGUCGGUUACAGCAACAUUGCUGUUGGAGGCAUGAGAUAGGAUUAGUGACUAAUGUAAUAUUGUU